AUGGGGAGUGAAUCGAAUUCCGUUUCCGUUCUUUGGGGGCUUUCGGGCCCCUCUCGAUCUUUUUCUACGUUGAGAAGGGGGAAGGAGUCUAAAUCAAUGGACAUUAAUGAACCAUCAUUGAUGGACGUUGCACAUGACACGAUCAAUUCGACUCAAGGUCCGGCGCUAAUAGAAGUUGCUUACUUUCCUAGUAGCGAAGGAAAGGGCAGGGCUUUUUUCGUAGUAAUAGUGGGCGGGUCUCAUGAGAUCUAUGCCGGCCGUCGGAAUCAAACGAAGGUCGAAGGACCAUUCGAUUCAUUAAGGGGCAUAGCGGCGCCCUCGCCCGGCGCCAUUUCCGGACCUAGCAGCAGACGGGCGGGCCGUGCCUGA